AAACCUCAAAUCGCUCCGACCUCUUCCGUCUCCACCGUCGAACCUGAGGAUCAAACUCUCCGCCGCCGCCGCCGCCGCCGCCGCCGCCGCCGCCGCCAGGAGUCGUCGCUCGCCCAGAAAAGCAAGAUAAGGCGGACGAGGAGGCUCCGGCCGGUGGUGCGGGAGGGAGGAGGGGGGGAGGAAAAAGGUGAGAGAUGAGAGGGUUGCAGCUCCCACUGACUCAGACCCAGAAGGUGAGGCUGCAGAGGGCACUCGAAAAGCUCGAGGCUUUGUCGUCGAAGGCCAACUCCAAUGCCUCCGUCACCGUCGCCGACACGAUUCCUGUCAACCAUGAUGACGGCUUUCUCAAGGGCCAUGGAACAACCGAGCUUAAUGGCGAAGUUGUUGCUACGGUAUGUGGAGUAGUUGAGCGAGUCAACAAGCUGGUCUAUGUUCGUACUCUGCGAGCCAGAUACAAGCCAGAGGUUGGAGACAUCAUUGUUGGACGUGUUAUUGAGGUAGCUCCGAAGCGUUGGCGACUGGAUGUAAAUUAUAGUCAAGAUGCUGUGUUAAUGCUUUCUUCUAUUAAUUUGCCUGAUGGAAUUCAGAGGCGGCGAACUGCAGAGGAUGAGCUUAACAUGCGCAGUAUUUUUGAAGAGAAAGAUGUCAUAUGUGCUGAAGUUCGUGGCUUUCAGCAUGAUGGUCUGCACCUCCAAGCAAGAAGUCAGAAAUAUGGAAAGCUUCAGCGGGGACAACUUCUCUCAAUCCCUCCUUAUCUUGUAAAGAGACGAAAGCAGCACUGGCAUUACCUAGAAGAGUACGGGAUUGACCUGAUACUCGGUUGCAAUGGAUUCAUCUGGGUCGGCGAACACGUGGAAAUUAAAGAAGAAAUGCUGGUGGAUCAAGCAGACAAAUCCGAAUCUCAAACUUCUAAAGCAGACUAUUACUCCAUGAGUCUUGAGGGGAAAGAGCAUACACACACCCCAUUGGAGACAAGGCAGAACAUAUGCAGAAUGGCAAAUGCCAUACGUGUCUUAUCUAUGUUAGGAUUUAUUGUCACGAUAGAAGUGGUCAUGGAAGUAGUCAAUCUGGGUGUCUCCCAGAACAUGGACACACAUGAAAUGCUAGGAUCGGAGUUCUGUGUGUUGGUCGCAGAAAGGGAGGCUGAACGGCGGAGCCAGAAAAAAAACAAGGGGUAACUAGGUGGCAGUUCAAUGCUUUAGAUGUUUCUAACGUUGCCUGGAAAGCGAAUUGGGUAAGUCAAUGAAGUUUUCAAGGGUGGAAAAAUAUGUCUAAUGGAAGCAUUGUAAGAUGAUAGGAAUUGGGUUUGUUUUCCCUGUGAUAAUUAAUUGUGUAUCAUACACAGUGAUUUUGCUCAUUGAUUUCUUGCUGCCAGUAUGCUGAAUCAGAGGCGAGCAAGCUUCUUUUUA